GCUUCUUUCUCCGCCACACAUCCACAGAUAUGGCUCUGUGAGAAGGCACAUGGUGGCGGCUAACCAUGAACCAAAAAAUACAUCACCAAAAACAGUUCAUGCAUCAGUAGCAACCCGAUUUCGUUUAUUUUGGAUUCAACCAUUGCAACAACUCCACUAGACAUACAAUUGGUUUGCACUGUUACGGGGAGAGAAGCUAGCAAGCAACUUGGAACCCCCCCACCUUUUUCUCCAGUUUUACUGCGCUAUUUUACUCGGUUUUUAAACAGUUUUUGGUUGCAAUCGCUCCUUUUUUAAAGACAGUCAUCAUGGGUGUUCAAGGUUUCCAAGAAUACAUAGAAAAGCACUGCCCUACUGCCGUGGUACCGGUGGAGCUCCAGAAGCUAGCCCGGGGAAGUCUGGUCGGAGGAGGCAGGCAGAGACCACCUCAGAGCCCGCUACGGCUGCUGGUUGACGCGGAGAACUGCCUCCACCGGCUCUACGGUGGUUUCUACACCGACUGGGUAAGCGGCGGGCAGUGGAACCACAUGCUUGGGUACCUGGCUGCCCUCGCCAAGGCCUGCUUCAACGGCAACAUUGAGCUACUGGUGUGCUUCAAUGGCGCCAUGGAGAAAGGCCGUCUUCACGAGUGGGUCAAACGACAGGUGAACGAGAGACAGACAGCGCAGCAGAUUGUCAGCCAUAUCCAGAAUAAGGGGACUCCUCCACCGAAGGUCUGGUUUCUUCCCCCAGUGUGCAUGGUCCAUUGCAUCCGGCUGGCCCUAAUCAGGUUCCACAUUGGGGUUGUCCAGAGUAUCGAGGAUCAUCACUUGGAGGUGAUAUCUCUGUGCAGGGAGAACGGGUUCCACGGCCUGGUGGCGUACGACUCGGACUACGCGCUGUGUAACCUCCCCUACUACUUCUCUGCCCACGCCCUGAAGCUGAGUCGUAACGGGAAGAGCUUGACCACCUCCCAGUACCUGAUGCAUGAAGUGGCCAAACAACUGGACCUCAACCCCAACCGCUUCGUUAUCUUCGCUUCACUUUUAGGUAACCACAUACUUCCUGAUGAAGACUUGGCUGCCUUUCACUGGAGUCUCCUGGGUCCAGAGCAUCCGCUAGCAUCGCUCAAGGUGCGCGCCCACCAGCUAGUGCUCCCGCCGUGUGACGUGGUCAUCAAGGCAGUGGCUGACUAUGUUCGAAACAUGACGGACUUCAGCGACCUGGAGGCCAUCGCUAACGACAUCUUCAGACACUCACAGUCCAGGACUGAUGACAAAGUUGUCCGCUUUAAGAAAGCAGUGGAGUACUACUCAGCAGCCAGCAAGUCUCAACACUUCUCACCUUACCAAGUCGGACCAAACCAGACAGGAGGAGUUUCUCCUGUAGCAGCAGUUCUGUCACACUACGCAGCUCCGCCGCCUCAGACGCUCAACAUUCCUCCCCCGUCGGGGAAACCUGCGGUCCAGCCUGUCUACUCAGCCCCCCCGGUCGUAGAGCCUGGCCCGGGGACUGGGGCUAAUGCUGGCCCUAGUGGUGACCCUGGUGCUGGUCUCAGUCCUGGUACGUCUGUUCUGGAGUCAUCGGUGGGGAAGACCCUGGCAGAGCAGGUUCCAAGCAGCUUCAGCAACAUUCCUCCUAAAGAGAAGCACACGCCGCUGUACGAGAGGUCUUCUCCCAUCAACCCCUGUUUUCCCCCGGGGGGCACGGCCGCCACCAGCCCCUCUUCCUCCUCAUCCUCCUCUUCCUCCACCACCUCCUCAGAGAACGAGGACAACGCAGGCUUCACUGCCAAUCAUGUAAGUGACCAUAAAGGAGGAUGGGACAGACCAUCAGAGAGCACAGCAGAGGGGGAACUGGGAGGAUGGGACAAACCAUCAGCGAGCACAGCAGUGGGGGAGCUGGGAGACCAAACCAAGGCUAACCCAACGGUGACCCCUCCUGUGGCUCAGGGGUUAGAGGUCAGCGGUCAUCUGAAUGCCCAGAUCCCGUCUUUGCUGUCAAUGCCGACCAGGAACCACAUGGACAUCACUACGCCUCCACUCCCCAUGGUGGCUCCGGAGGUCCUCAGAGUGGCCCAACACAGACACAAGAAGGGCCUGAUGUACCCCUACAUCUACCACAUCCUUACCAAGGGGGAGAUAAAGCUGCCCGUCACCAUAGAGGAUGAGGCCAAUCAGGAGCUCCCGUCAGCAGUGCAGCUGUUCAGACCCAUCCGCCAGUAUGUUUACGGGGUACUCUUCAGCCUGGCUGAAGCCAAGAAGAAGGCUGAGAGACUAGCCAUGAGGCGCAACCGUCUGCCUGAAUACCCCCCUGUGGCAGUGAAGGAGUGGGCGGCCUACAAGGGGAAGUCCCCCCACACCCCAGAGCUGGUGGAGGCUCUGUCCUUCCGAGAGUGGACCUGUCCAAACCUGAAGAAGCUGUGGCUGGGCAAGGCUGUGGAGGAUAAGAAUGGCAGGAUGAGGGCCUUUCUGGCCUGUAUGAGGUCAGAUGCCCCAGCCAUGCUCAACCCAACCUGCGUCCCCACACACCUACUGGUUCUCUGCUGCGUGUUGAGGUUUAUGUUACAAUGGCCAGGCGUAAGAGUGUUGCGUGGUAAGGAACUGGACGCGUUCCUCGCCCAAGCACUUUCUCCGAAACUCUAUGAGCCUGAACAGCUGCAGGAACUCAAGGUGAUUUUACCACCCAGUGGCAGCCAGGGGUAUUACAUGUUGCUUUCACCCACACACACACACACACACAUUAACUAUACUCCUGGACUAGUCUGAGGAGUGUCCUGGAACCACCCAGUGGCAGACAGUGGUAUUACAUGUUGCUUUCACCCACACACACACACACACACAUUAACUUUACUCCUGGACUAGUCUGAGGAGUGUCCUGGAACCACCCAGUGGCAGACAGUGGUAUUAGGGUCUGGAACACAUAACAUUAACCCUGACCUCUGACCCUAACACACCCACUCCUUCACUGCCACAGGGGGGUCUGGAACACAUAACAUUAACCCUGACCUCUGACCUCUGACCCUAACACACCCACUCCUUCAAUACCACAGGGGGGUCUGGAACACAUUAAUAACAUUAACGCUGACCUCUGACCCUAACACACCCACUCCUUCACUACCAUAGGGGGGGUCUGGAACACAUAACAUUAACCCUGUAGUGGAGGGUUACUACUGUAGUGGAGGGUUACUACUGUAGUGGAGGGUUACUACUGUAGUGGAGGGUUAC